GACUAGAGUUUCGAGUUUUUUUUUAUUCUCGUGAAAAUAAAAAGCGAAUCGAGUCGGAAAUAAUCGAAAUUACUUGAUAGUAUCGAACAGUCCCAUGCCCCAUAUCGUGUUCGUAUAUAACCAGACUCAAUACUCAAUAGCUGAGUUUGUUAUGUCCAGUUCGAUAUAUUUACACUAUAUAUUAUUGUAUGUAACAUAUUUUAUCGUGAUCGAUAUAUGAAAAGUUGUCGCAGUAUUUACUUUCGCGUGGUAUAAUAAUAAAUAAAUAAAUAUAUGAAAAUUUGAAUGUAUAUACAUUUAAUCCGAUUUAGAACGUUCGGUCGAAAACGAUAAAAGACGUAUGGAAUGUUGAUGUGAAUUGCAACAUAGAUAAAAUAUAUAUAAAUUAUUCUUAUUAAAUUUAUGUGGAUAUUUUAUUGAUAAAUAUUAUAUUUGUUGUUUAUGAACAAUAAUUACGAUGAAGCUCACUCGUCGGUGUUUAGGAAAUAUUACGAAAAUGUUGGACUUUUAUUCUCAAUUCAAUCCAUCACCGCUUUCAAUAAAACAAUUUAUUGACUUUGGUUUAAGUGCUUGCGAGAGAAAAUCUUUUAUAUUUUUAAGAAAAGAACUUCCAGUACGACUUGCUAAUAUUAUGAAAGAAAUUCAUUUACUGCCUGAACAUUUAUUGAGAAUGCCAAGUCUUGGGAUUGUUAACAACUUGUAUGUUACGUCAUUUGAAGAAAUACUUCAUUUUGAAAAAGCUGAAGUUAAUGAAACAACGUUGGAUAAAUUUUGUCAAGCACUUAUCAAAAUACGAAAUCGUCAUUCAGAUACGGUAGAAGUAAUGGCAAAGGGUAUUCUUGAGUUGAAAGAGUCUCAUGAUGUUGAUGUGCAAAUGGAAAGCAAUAUUCAAUACUUCUUAGACCGAUUUUUUAUGUCAAGAGUUUCAAUAAGAAUGCUUAUAAAUCAACAUACGUUGCUUUUUGGUGGAGUAUUAAAUGAUAAUCGACGCGUUGGUUGCAUUGAUCCUUCUUGUGACGUAGUAAGUGUUAUCAAAGACGCGUAUGAAAAUGCGCGAUUCCUUUGUGAUCAAUAUUAUUUAGCAAGUCCAGAGCUGAUCGUAAAACAGCACAAUGAUUUCGAAAAUGGUGAAGUAAUUAAAAUAAUUUACGUUCCAAGUCAUUUGUACCAUAUGCUAUUUGAGCUUUUCAAAAACAGUAUGAGAGCAAUAAUGGAAUAUUACGAUGGUCGCUCGGAUAACUAUCCACCAAUAGAAGUUAAUAUUGUGCGUGGAAAAGAGGAUAUUUGCGUGAAGAUGUCAGAUCGUGGUGGUGGAAUACCACGUUCGCAGAUGGAUCAGCUCUUUAAAUACAUGUACAGUACAGCGCCACAGCCAAGCAAAUCUGAUGCGCAUACGGUUCCAUUAGCUGGAUAUGGUUACGGUCUUCCAUUAUCACGAUUAUAUGCCAGAUAUUUUCAUGGUGAUCUUAUACUUCUCAGCUGUGAGGGAUAUGGAACUGAUGCAGUAAUUUAUCUUAAGGCAUUAUCGAAUGAAGCGAACGAGCUGUUACCUAUAUUUAACAAGACUUCAUCGAAAUUUUAUCGAACCCCGUUGCCUACUGCUGAUUGGAGUAGCUCAUGUGGAGGUGGCAUGGCAAGUAGGCAGUUGAAUGUCAGUAAUAAUAACGGCCAUAGGCUACCUAACGGAUUAGGAAUCGGGACAUAGUGAAAAAGAAUGUACAACAUUAACUAAAAUAAAAAUUAAUUUAAGUGGUAAAUCUAAACUCAACUCUUCAUAUAUUUUAAGUAAAACUUUUUAUCUUUAUACAUUCUGCGAGUCACAAUGUGAUGGUAAAAUGGUAUAAAAUUUAGUUGUUUUUCGGUUCAUUUUUCUUUAAGCAUUUAUAAAAUUACUCGUCCGUCAAUUACUCGACGCGUAAAGUAAUAAUUAUUUCUAAUUGCGGCAGUGGAUCUAUGGCCUGUGAUCACGACCGGUUUCCAUCCACGAUUCGUACUGGUGAGUCAUAGAUUUCUCGCCAUUAGCCCUCGUCAGACCCCGCACAUCCCCUAGAGUAUCAUAGAUCACAUAAAUACUAUACGUACG